AUGGCCAAGAUUUGGUCAUACCUAUCUUAUGCCUUGGCAGUGUGCUUGAUAAUAAGCAAUGUUGCUGCCGACGGCGAGCCGGCUCCAUACAAGUAUGAAUCAUCACCACCUCCUCCAUAUCUAUUAAAGUCACCACCAUUUUCUCUGUACAAAUACGAGUCACCGCCUCUUCCUCCUUACAAAUAUGAGUCUCCACCUCCAUACAAAUACAAGCCACCACCUCUUCCUCCGUACAAGUACGAGUCACCACCUUCACCUCCAUACAAGUACAAGUCACCAUCUCUUCCUCCGUACAAGUACGAGUCACCACCUCCGCCUCCAUACAAGUACAAGUCACCACCACCACCUCCGUACAAGUAUGAGUCCCCACCUCCAGCUCCAUACAAAUACAAGUCGCCAGCACCUCCUCCGUACAAGUACGAGUCACCACCUCCACCUCCAUACCAGUACAAGUCACCACCACCACCUCCCCCAUACAAUUACGAGUCACCACCUCCACCUCCGUACAAGUACAAAUCACCACCACCACCUCCGUACAAAUAUGAGUCACCACCACCACCUCCAUACAUAUACAAAUCACCACCUCCUCUUCCAUAUGUGUACAAGUCACCUCCACCUCUUCCAUACAACUACGAAUCACCAACUCCACCUCCAUAUGUGUACAAGUCACUCCCACCUUCCUCAUAUAAAUAUGAAUCACUACAUCCUCCUCCAUACAAGUACAAAUCACCACCUCCUCCUCCAUAUGUAUACAAGACACCACCACCACCUCCGUACAUAUACAAAUCACCAUCUCCUCCUUCAUACGUGUACAAGUCACCACCACCUCCUCCAUACAAGUACGAAUUACCACCUACACCUCCAUAUGUGUACAAGUCACCCCCACCUCCUCCAUACAAAUAUGAAUCAUCACCUCCACCUCCCACGUAUUACAAGUAAACUUCGUAUCACCCACUUGUCAUCUAAAUUUUCCAUUUUCCUC